AUGUCCGGUGCGGCUAGUGGUGCCGCCCCAACAGUUGGAACAGACGUCAAGUUGACAGCUCCGGCGAGACCGCCAAGACCAAGCAGAACAUUCCGGCGAUCAAGAUUGCUGAGAGAAUCGUCAGAAGAAGCAGCAUUGCAAGAGACUUUGUGCUUUAGUGACUUGAGAGCACAUUUCUUGAAGGUUUUUGAGAACAAUGGCCAAGAAGAGACUACCGGAGAAGUGGUUAAGAAAGAAGAAGAGCAGGUUUUAGUGGUGGUUCCGGCAGCCGUAGGUGUCAGAGUUGGAAGAGAAGCCAUGAUGGGAGAUGACAAAGAGGACUGUUUACCUUGGGCUGAUUCGCCCAGAAAUGGGCUUAUUCGCCCAGAUGAAAAACCUAUGUUGUCUGGAUUAAGCCAGCUCUUCUUCCCCAAUGGAACGCYGACCACCCGAUAUAUCCAGUGCGAUAUCUCAGAUCCUGAUGAAACCCUCACCAAACUCUCUAAUGUCCAAGACGUUACCCACCUCUUCUACGUUACUUGGGCCAAUCGAUCCAYCGAAUCUGAGAACUGUGAAAUCAAUGGGAAAAUGUUCAAAAACGUCCUGGAUGCAGUCAUCCCUAAUUCCCCCAAUUUACAACAUGUUUCUCUACAAACUGGACGGAAACAUUAYUYGGGCCCGUUUGAAUCGUACGGUGAAGUAGCUCAUGAUCCCCCUUYUCAUGAAGAUCUACYUCGUCUUGAUGCCCCCAAUUUCUACUACACUCUGGAGGACAUUCUAUUCAAAUCUGUUGAACAGAAGGAAGGAUUAACGUGGUCGAUUCAUAGACCUGGAACGAUCUUUGGGUUUUCGCCAUACAGCAUGAUGAACAUCGUCGGUGCUCUAUGCGUUUACGCCACAAUUUGCAAGCACAAUCUGCUGCCAAUUACAGUGCUAAUGAUAUGGCCAAAUCGGUUCCCUAAAGUGUUUGUUGUUUCCCUAAAGUAA